CCGCGCUCAUAGGCCGGCCGGGCGCCCGCCCCGCGGCGGGGCGGCGGAUUUCUGGCGGGCGGCGGCCGCCCGGCCGCACUCGGCGGUCGUUGCGGGCCGGGCCGCGGCCGGCGAUGCCGUGCGGGCAGCCGGAGAGCGGCACCGCCCCGGCGCGGUACGUGCUGGGGGUGGAUGUGGGCAGCACGGUGGUGAAGUGCCACGUCUAUGACCGGGCGGCCGCGGUCAGAGGCUCCAGCUGCAGGAAGGUGGAAUCGCUUUAUCCUUGUCCUGGUCGGGUUGAAUUAGAUCCUGAAGUGCUGUGGAGUCAGUUUGUUGGUGUGAUAAAAGAGGCUGUACAAGAUGCGGGAGCUCACAUGAGGCAAAUUGCUGGUCUUGGCAUCUCAACGCAGAGAGCAACUUUCAUUACAUGGCACAAGAGGACAGGGAAACCUUUCCAUAAUUUCAUAAGUUGGCAAGACUUAAGAAGUGCUGAACUUGUGAAUUCCUGGAAUAAGUCCCUUCUGCUGAAGGUAAUCCAUGUUAUUUUUACAGUGCUUCAUUUCUUGACUGGGAAUGAUCGAUAUUUGGCACCAAGUUUUCUUACUUUUUCAACACAACAAACUUCUAUGAAGUUGUCAUGGGUUUUUAAAAACAUACAUGAGGCUGAAGAAGCUGCCAAAAAAAAUAACUGCUGCUUUGGAACAGUUGACACGUGGUUACUGUAUAGAUUAACUAAAGGUUCUGUAUAUGCUACGGAUUACUCAAAUGCCAGCGCUACAGGCAUUUUUGAACCCUUUACGAAAUGCUGGAACCCAGCUUUGUGUAAUUUACUUUCCAUUCCAAUGUCUGUUUUUCCACCAGUGAAAGACACAAGCUUCAACUUCGGAUCAACUGACUCUGAAAUUUUUGGGGUACCUAUUCCAAUAAUGGCAGUGGUAGCUGAUCAGCAGUCAGCUAUGUUUGGGGAAUGCUGCUUUCACCCUGGAGAUGUUAAACUGACCAUGGGAACAGGUGGUUUCUGGAAUGUGAAUACUGGAGAGCAUCUCUGUGCGUCACGGAGGGGUCUGUAUCCACUGAUUGGUUGGAAGAUUGGGGAAGAAGUUGUUUACUUAACUGAAGGCUGUAUGUCAGACAUUGGCACUGCCAUAAAAUGGGCUCAGGAUAUAAGUCUUUUCACCAAUGUAGAUGAAACAGCAAAAAUGGCACAGAGUAUUGUUGAUUCCCAAGGCGUUUGUUUUGUUCCAGGUUUUCAGGUUUCUGUGAAUGACCCAUAUUUAUGUGCCUCUUUCAUGGGGCUGAAACCUUCUACUACCAGAAACCAUCUUGUACGAGCUAUAUUGGAAUCUGUAGCUUUCAGAAACAAACAGCUUUAUGAUAUCAUUGUGAAGAAGGUACGCAUUCCUCUUCAAACUAUUCGAGCUGAUGGAGGUGUCAGUAAUAAUAGUUUUGUCAUGCAGAUGACUUCAGAUUUAAUUAAUAAGAAAAUAGAAAAACCUGCAAAUGCAGACAUGUCUAGUCUUGGUGCAGCUUUUCUAGCAGGUCUUGCUUCAGGAUUUUGGACUGACAAAGAACAACUAAAGAAGCUAAGGCAAAUAGAAGCAGUUUUUGAGCCCCAGAAGGACUCUGAGGAAUACAGACCUGCUAUGGAUACCUGGCUACAAGCAAUGAAACGCUCCCUACACUGAGUAAUGACAAAUUCAAGCUGUGAGUGAUUGUGUUACACACACACACUGGAGACAAGAAAUUUUUAUAUUUAACAUUAUUGAAGAGGACCAAGGAACUAUCAUUCACCACUUCUUGUGCUGAAACAUGGAAGUUCAAAUCAUACAGCAUUGCCUUAGUUCCUUUCACAGUCAUCUGUGAACUCAGCCAUGAGUUGGAGCAUCUACACUAGUGGUGGUAUUCAGACUAGAUCUGAUUUGCCUGUCAGCCUUAGCUUGUCAUACCAUUUUUCUUGUUCUUCUGUUACUUUCUGACCUUCAACAUGUGCUACAUCUUGGCACUUUUUUUUGUUUUUUCCCUCUGGGGUAUCCUUCAAGUUGCAGAGACCGUUCUCUCCUGAACCUACCUUGACAGGAAUCCUGAAGUCCAGAAACAGUUCUGUGUGCUGAUUUCUAGUAAUAACAGCAGACUACAUGACCUAUAUGGUUGACAGCUUUAUAGACACUUUGGUUUGGCUGGUUUGUUUUGGACCAUAAUAUAUGGCUGUCCAGGUGCUAAGACUCUUAAAGUUUAUUGAUGAAAUUCCCUCCACUCCUCCUCCUGCUGUAAGGUAAGAACAUGUAUUUACAGGAUAUCUGGAACCCUUGCUUUGCAUCAACAUCUGUGUUCAGAUUGUGAUUUUCUCUUGUCAUCCCAACCUUGCAACCAAAGAAAGUGCUCAUUGGCAAGAAGGUUCUUCUAGCCCGGCCAAACAGGGUUCCAGCCUGGCAUUUUGGGCAGAAGUUUGUGACUCGGUCACUGGUAUUCUACACUUUGUUCUCACUGAAGGAGUUUAGUUUCAUCAGGGUCUGCCUAGGGAUAAUGUCCACCUAUUACCCUCUUUAUGAAGGCUUCUUGACUUACAUUCACUUAAUAGUUUUGUGAUUUUGUUGGGUUUGAUUAGGGCUCCCACAGUGUACCUAGAUGGAGCUUUAAUGGCAACUGAAUCUGAUUCUGCUCGGAUUCCUUCACUGAAGGUAUCUCAGCUAGCCACGCACCUUGCACGGCACCUGUACGUGGUGGUGGUCUUCAUCCCAGCCGUAGCACAGCUAGAAAGAUAGAAGAUACACAAGACAUUACAUAGUUCUCUUGCUCUAGUGUCCUGGAGGACCUAUUCUACAUAACUGUUUACUGUUAUUACUGUUUAAUUGUAAGCAGAAAAUUCACCCGUUUUACUGUCACUAGCCUCAAAUCUACAGGAGACAAACCUCACUGCAAAUUAAGAACGCCAACAAGGCCUUACUAUAUUGACCACCUGAGCCUUUCAAAUGAUCUGCAGAGUUGUGAGUUCUCCGUGGAGAGGUUCGAAGUAGUGAGGAAGGCUCUGCAGCAAACGGGGUGUCUAACCCUACCAAGAUGGUGCAGCCCUCGGAGGUUACAGCAUCUGCCACAGCUUGUGAUGUUUAGUUGCCCAAAGACGGAACAGACUAAUAGACAGCUUGAAGAAAUUUGGUUACUGAUCAUUAAGCCUCUUUUGCUUGUCUGUUACAACAAAAAUUGAUUUUUAUCUUCACAGGAAAUUUUUAAUAUGCUGAUUAUCUUUAAGUGGUACCUGUUAAUUGAUAAUGGAUUUGAAAUGAGUUUUAAGCAAUUAGUUACGCUUUUACAGCUACUUUGCUGUCUCAGUUUUUGCUGUACAGAAGGGCAUUAAGACCAUUAUAGAAACUCAGUCAUACUAACUUUUAUUUAAAAUAUUUAGAUUUUUACCUCAGGAGUUGUUUUCAUCAGUUUGAAAAGUAUAUAUGAAUUUUACCUUUGCUAUCAGCUGAGUUUGAUAGUAAAGAUCAUACAAACAUUUGUAAAUAAUAACUAGCUUGUAGUUUUAUCUUUUAAGAGAGACACCAUGUUGAUACUGUGAAUGUUUUACUUAGGAUUGGGUAGUAAUGCACCUCAUCAGGCAUGUGAAGAUUGGAAAUUCAGUUGAGAUGAGUUGAUUAUCCUUGGGCAUCCUGUUUUCACAGGUACACAUGGUGCUGAUGGCAGAUAAUUUCAUCCCAGUUUGGCAGUUUGAUCAUACAUAACAACAUACAGUCCUAUUAUAUAUGAGGGGGACUACAUGGCAUAAAUCCCUCUAAUGUUGGAGGGAUCGCACUACUAUUGGAUUAAUUACUGUGUGUCAAGAGAAAGGGCAGGUAAAAUAGUUACCAGAUAGCUGAAAAAUGCUGAGCAGACGUCGUAGGAGUUUUCUUACAUAACUAAGAAGAGAGUCGUGUUGGCUCUGUUUAAAAUCUUACAGUAAUGAACUUUGCCAAGAUUUUUGAGUACCAUUUUCUUUUAAGCGGUGUUUUCUUCUCUUGUGUAACAGCUAAUGUUAUGUAAAAUUAAUUCUGUUGCUCUUAUCUGGUUUUUUGCAAGCACAUUUAUACUUACUUUCCUGUUGGAAGAAAGUAAAAAAAGGCAAGUACUGAGUUCCUGUUCCAGCCUGUUAGCUUCUUUUUGGCAUAAUCUCUGUAGCAAGAUCCUUCAACUAGUGCCACUGUUUUCUUGAUCAGGGCACAGUAGUGAGGCUUACCAGUUGAACAGCAGCCUUGGGAGAAAAGGUAAGAACCAUUUUGUGCCAGUCAGUGGGCCACAGAAUUGAGGGGGUUUUGUGCUCUUAAUGCCAAGCCAACAAGUACAACAGUGAUCCCCUCUUCAAACAGGUAUCUCAGUAUGGCAGGCUGAGUAAGGAAAGACAGUAGUGCUCUGGCCCUGAAGUUGGGCAGCAGUUUUUAUAGGGAGGGCAAGUUCAGCGGGAGAAAAGAAGCAGGGGGAGCUGUUUUGGGUGGGUGUUUGUAUACGUUGUCACAGCAAGGGUUGCAGGCUGGCAAGAAAGCAAUGAAACUAGCAAGUGUUGAGAACUACUGCGUUGUGAAAGGGGAAGGUGGGGCAUCUGAAAGGGAUCUGACCAGCCAGGGGGAGCAUGGUGGGAGACCACUGGCCGUUUCUGGAGACAGGAGAAUUUCCCACAGUGCAGGUUUUACUGUAAGUAGCCUUAAACCCAUGCCUUAGCGUGCCUAAAAGAAACUGUUCCAAGAUGUGUUUCAAUGCAGCCCUCAUUCUGGGAGAAAGUUCGGGAUUUGUGUUCUGAAAGACUGUGUUUUGGUUUAGAAUGUUACAACAGUAGCAUACUUGCUCUUCAUGCAAACUGAUCGUUAUUUCAGCAGCUUCAGACUCAAUAGUGUAAAUGUAUAGUCAUGUCUUUCUGCAGUUGGCUGUUGAAAGCAAACAAACUACAGCAAUGAUCUAGCUCCUGUUUCUCUCCUUAAUGGUUAAAAUGCCUAUUUUUCAUGUUCCUCAUCAGUUACAGUAUCUGACUUCAGUCCAUCAGUAUUUUCUUACAGAAAAGUAAACAAACCAAUGAACUACAAAGAGGUAUUUGAAGUGUAAGUGUCGUUAUCACAGCUGGAUUUGAGUUCAGGUAUUUGUUUAGCUCUGGUAACUUACUGAAUAGUGCAAUAAACCAGCCAACCUGGUUUGCUUCCGUUUUGCUUCCUUUUCUAAGGCAGCGCGUGCCUUCUGCGCUUGUGUCAGGGCAUGCUUCGGUCUCCUUCAUGUUAGCUGUUGUGGUUGUACCUGUUACAGGGGUCUCCAAGAGAAAUACACAACAGGUUGCAUUUUUUUUAAUGCUUCCAUGAAGUUAUCUUGCACAACACUGCGAAUGUUGAUAAAGGUCUUGUUGCAUGUGAUGAAGGUAUUUUAUAGAGGAUGAAAAGAAACUAAAAGCACAAAGUCAGCAGAUUCCUGUGCACAUGCUGGAUUUUCAGUUCAUGAACUAUCCCUCUGAAGUAAACAGUUCUUGCUUGCCAGUGUUCUCCUUGCUCCUUCAUUUCAGAAUUCUCUUUUACAGGCUGAACAGCUGUUUGACGUUUCUUCCCUUUUUAGUAAAGGGGAUAGGAUCAAAUAUGUCUUUCUACAGUAAUUAAUGUUUUUUUAAGCAAGAAAAACACAAGUUUCAUAUGUUUGGUCUGCUCUGUGCACGGUCUAGAGGUUUCCACACCAGCGUCUGUUCCUGCAUCCACAUGAACCUUGCUUUGCUCCUCUUGCUCAGCAGCAUUAAGGUGAAUUUGUGUUACAGAAAUCUGAAAAAGGGGUUGCUGUGUGCCUUGGCCGUGUGCCUGGCUCUGUAGGAGGAAGACUGUAAGAAAGCUUGCUUUGAAUGGAACUAGUGCCGAUCUUUUUUGGGUUUUAACUCCCUGGCGUGUUUUCUGUUCGUGCUCUCUCUGUAAGAAUACUUCAUCCUGCCUUGUUGAAAUCAAUUUUUACAAAAGGAAACGCUGAAAGCAAAUACUUCCUCCAGCUCUGAUCGUGGGCCCUACGCGCAGAGCUUGGGCUCGGUUCCCCGGGGCCCGACCCUCCCGGCGGGGGCAGAGGCGGGGGGCCAGCGCGCCGGUACCCUGUCCCUUUGUUAGCCAGAGCGCCUUUGUUUCCCAGGGAAGAAACUGCGGAGCCGCCGCAGGGCCCGUUACCGAACGCCCACCGUGCCCCAGGCUCCCCGAGCGCCGCCCCCGCCAGCGGCGCGACCGCGCUCCGUCACCUGAGGCGGGCGGACCCCGCGGCCCUGAGCACGGUAGCGCCAGCUCCCCGCGGGAGGGCUCGACCGGGCCUGCACCCCGCGCCACGCCGUUCCGUCUGUGCGAACACAAUACGGGCGUCGCUAGGUGCCCCCGGCGGGCAGCGCCGGUAGCGGAGGGCGGCUGGGGCUGUGGGCGGCCCCCGCCCCAGAGCGGCCCGACCGGGGGCUGCCUGGGGAGGCGGUGGCCGU